AUGGAUAUUAAGUUCACCCGCGAACCCUCUAAAUAUCACUCGGGUUUUGCAAACAGCUAUCACAAAUAUGAACUUGGUGUCGAACAAGAAUCCAACUUUGGUCCUAUUCGUGUAACCUCGUAUCUCAAGGGUGGCGAAGAUGUCAACGCAAUAUUCAGUCUUCCUGGAGACUCUACGUUUAAUCUAUCCCCUUACAUUGGGGUGGACGAAGAGGGCAAAUUAUUCUGGGAUAUUAACGGAUGCCAGGCCGUUGACAGCCUAAAACUUUUAUCCGCGGAAGAACUGAAGGUUAUGAGCAUCGCACUCGAUGAAUUCUUGGAUGUUGUGGAAUAUUAUGACGAACCCUCGCAACAAUUCAGGCUCCGACUAGGAGUGAAACCAAAGCAUCCAAAGCGCUCCCUUCCCGGAAUAGGUACCAAUUCUCACUCAACAUCCGGGGCUGGAUUGAGCUUCAUACAAGCCAAGUGGUUUGAUGAAGCAACUGCGUGUUGGAUGGAACUCGGUUGUAGCUUUCUCCCCGAUCAUGUAAUGGAUGGAUAUAGGUAUCUUAUGCAGACAUACCAAGCUGGCGAUGAAAUUAGCAUAUUUGGCUUCUCUCGUGGUGCAUAUACCGCACGUGCCCUUGCGGGUAUGUUACAUUCGGUCGGAUUACUACCAACGAAUAAUAUGGAGCAAGUAAAGUUUGCCUACGAUGUAUAUGCGGCUUCGGAGAAGUUCGUUAAACUCACUAAAGAUGAGGACUAUCUUUUAGGUGCUGUGAAUCUUAAAGAGGGAGACAAGAGAUCUUUCCGUGGUUUUGUCCAGAAUGCUCGCCCAGAGGAUGUUAAUCCUGAAGGGUUCAAGAUGGUGUUCUGUACCCCAGUCGAGAUAGCAUUUUUGGGCGUAUGGGAUACAGUGGGUAGCAUGGGUGCCUUGAGAAGGAAGACUUUGCCUUGGAUCACCUACAACCCGAGUGUGAGGAACUUUAGGCAAGCCCUAGCGCUCGAUGAGGUCCGUGCAAACUUUAUACCUACUCUUUGGGAUCACGCGAAGACUCGAUCAUGGCAAAGUGUAGUGGAAGUAUGGUUCAAAGGGGGUCACUCUGACGUAGGAGGUAGUGCGCCUUUGACCGAGAGUGAACGCGUGAAUCCAGAUACCGAACGACAGAAAUUUGCGCAGGAGGAGCCUACAGGAGCACAGUCCCUGGACUCAUAUGCGACGCCACAGUUACCAGGUGCUCUGCGACGACUGCCCGACUUGAGUAACAUUUCUCUACGCUGGAUGGUCAACCAAUGCCUCUCCCUUUCCAGUGCACGUAUCUUUGAUCCCUAUGCUAUGCACUCUUAUCGACGGGCAAAAAUUCUUGAAGAUCGCCCACAUGGAGCGACGCCAGAGGAAAUUCAAAGGAAUAGAAUAGAGCUGGAUAACCAUGACAUCUCCAGCAAACCAUACCAAGCCAUAGACAUGCGGCCAUGGUGGCUGUUACUGGAGAUUUUGCCUAUCCCAAGGCUUUCUCAAGUGUCCACUAAUCGUUCCGAGUCCAAGAGUGUAUUCUGCCCAAAUCGGCGGAUAGGGAGAGCCGUGAAUAAACUGGGAAAAAAUGAUCACGUUCGCCUCCACUACUCCGUAUGCAAGAAUAUCACCGCAGGUCCCGGCUAUCGACCGGCAGCACAAUGGCAUGAUUCUACUUCACUAUUAGAUAUCGAGGACUCUCCCGAGACGCAACCGAAAACAGAGAAGAUUGGAUGA